AUGGCGUCGGAGGAGAGCCCCUACCUCGUUCUACCAGGGUCUCUGGCCUUCUCAGACUUCCGCCUCAAGCGCCUGGCCCAGGCGAUCGGCGCAAAGGAAGUGCGCGCGCUUUGGGUGCACUAUGUCAAUCCUACCAAAGAGCUGAGCGGGGAGGAAUUGAAGACGCUGGAGCAGAUAUUGCACUAUGGAGAGUAUCCUGGGAGUACGGACAGGCUGUCGCAAACUCUUAUCCACUCCGUCCAAAAUCCUACUGCCGCUUCCACCACCGAGGACGAUACCGUUCUCUUUUACGUUUGCCCACGCCCAGGGACCAUUUCGCCAUGGAGCUCUCUUGCUACCAUGAUCGCCCGCACAUGCACGCUCGACCAUGCCGUGAAGCGCAUCGAGCGAGGCAUGGUCCUCGCUGCCACCUUCGAGAAGCCGCUCGCCGCCGACGAGAUACCCAGCGCCGACUCCCUCCACGACCGCAUGACCCAGACCAUCAGCCGCACCACGCCGAACCUCGACCUGCUCUUCGGUGAGCACGAGCCUGCUCAGGCUACGACGAUCAGCUUUGAGGAGUACAAUAGCCCUCAUGCCGCGCUGGAACAUGCCAACCAAGAGCUGGGACUCGCGAUGGACAAGUCAGAGAUUGAGUAUCUAGUCGAGGCAUACUCGCAGGAGCUCAAGAGAGGCCCGGUAGAUGUCGAGCUGUUCAUGUUCGCGCAGGUCAACUCAGAGCAUUGCAGGCAUAAGCAGUUUAACGCCGACUUUACCAUCGAUGGCAUGCGCAAGGGCUACUCGCUCUUCGGGAUGAUACGGAACACACACCAGAAGCACCCGGAGCAUGUUGUGAGUGCGUACAGCGACAAUGCUGCUGUGCUUCAGGGCGAGGAGGCAAGCUUUUGGGCGCCGAACACCCUGACAGGUGAGUGGACCGGCACAAAGGAGACGGUGCAUAUCCUCUGCAAGGUGGAGACACACAAUCAUCCCACGGCGGUAUCGCCCUUCCCUGGCGCGGCAACGGGCUCGGGCGGCGAGAUCAGAGAUGAAGGGGCAGUGGGCCGGGGCUCAAGACCGAAGGCUGGGCUGGCAGGCUUCACUGUAUCUGAUCUCCUCAUUCCUGGACACGAGCAGCCAUGGGAGCUGAACGACGUAGGCAAGCCAGCGCACAUUGCAAGCAGUCUGGACAUCAUGCUCGAAGCACCCAUUGGCAGUGCGGCGUUCAACAAUGAGUUUGGGCGGCCAUGUACGAUCGGGUACUUCAGAACGCUGCUUGUUCGCGUUUUCACGAACGAGAAGGAGACGGAGAUUCGAGGGUACCACAAGCCCAUCAUGCUGGCUGGAGGUGUGGGAACGGUUCGACCGCAACAUGCGCUCAAGGACCCGGACAUUGUACCGCCAGGGUCGCAUCUACUGGUUAUCGGUGGACCUGCGAUGCUCAUCGGCCUAGGUGGCGGUGCUGCGUCGAGUGUCCAGUCUGGAGAAGGCAAGGUCGAACUUGACUUUGCUAGUGUGCAGCGAGGAAACCCUGAAGUCCAGCGGAGAGCGCAGGAAGUCAUCGAUACUUGCCGAUCUAUGGGCGAUAAAAAUCCGAUUUUGUUCAUCCAUGACGUGGGUGCCGGCGGUCUGUCUAACGCUCUGCCUGAGCUCGUUCACGACUCUGGACUCGGUGCCAUCUUCGAUCUGAGAGAAGUGGACAGCGCCGACCGAGGCAUGAGCCCGCUACAGAUCUGGUGCAAUGAGGCUCAAGAGCGCUACGUGCUAGCUGUAGGACCGGACGAUUUGGACCUCUUUAAGCGCAUCUGCAAGCGCGAACGUUGCGGUUUCUCAGUCGUAGGCACCGCGACGAAGGAACAGCGUUUGGUUCUCAAGGACAAAGAGUCACAAGGCACACCCACUCCGAUCGACCUUCCUAUGCCGAUUCUUUUUGGAAAGCCACCGAAGAUGUCGCGCAUCGUUGAAUCGCGAAAGCUGAGAUUGCCUGCGUUCGACAGCACUUUGUCUAUGUACUUGCCGGAGACACCGAAGGAGGGUCUAUUGCCGGAAGCUGUGGACCGAGUACUUGCUCUCCCUGCUGUGGGUUCUAAGUCAUUCCUCAUCACGAUUGGCGACCGUACCGUUGGCGGGUUGACAGUCCGUGACCAGAUGGUCGGGAAAUGGCAGACCCCCGUUGCUGAUGUCUCGGUGACCGCCACCUCUCUCAUGUCUGGUAUCAAGACUGGCGAGGCGAUGUCCAUAGGCGAGAAACCUACGCUCGCUCUCAUCUCUCCUGCUGCAUCGGCUAGGAUGGCCGUUGCGGAAUCGCUCAUGAAUUUGGCCGCUGCUAGCUUGUUUGAUAGACUGUCAAGAGUGCGCCUAUCAGCGAAUUGGAUGUCCGCUUCCAGCCACCCUGGCGAAGGCGCUGCGCUCUACGAGGCUGUCGAGGCUAUUGGCAUGGACCUUUGCCCACGACUAGGCAUCUCGAUUCCCGUCGGAAAAGACUCUAUGAGCAUGAAAAUGAAAUGGAAAGACCAAGACUCGAACGAAGCCAAGGAAGUCACCGCUCCUAUGUCUCUAGUCAUCACCGCCUUCGCCCCCGUAGACCGUAUCGACCGCACCUGGACCCCUGCUCUGGAGCGUCUCGAAGACGUCGGCGAAACGGUCCUCAUGUUCGUGGACCUCGCCGCCGGCAAGAAGAACAUGGGCGGCUCCGCCCUCGCGCAGACCUUCGGACAGGUUGGCGACGAGGCGCCAGAUGUGUGGGACGCAGACGUGCUUAAAGACUACUAUGACGCAGUCGAGCAGCUCCACGACGCGGGCAUCGUGCUCGCAUACCACGACCGCUCUGAUGGCGGACUUUUUACUACGCUAGUAGAGAUGAUGUUUGCCGGGCGCUGCGGGUUAGAAGUGAUGCUCGACGGCAUUGCGAAGUCGUCUGAUACCAAGGAUAUUGUCGAAGCGCUGUUCAACGAGGAACUCGGCGCUGUAUUCCAAGUCCGCAAGAAGGACGAAAUCAACUUCAACCGCUGUUUUGCCACUUGCGGACCGCCACCAGGCAUGAUCAAGAAGAUCGGACGGGUGCCCGCAGCCUCGAAGCAGGAGAUCAGUUUCGCGUUCGGUUCUCAAGUCAUCUACCGCGCCUCCCGCUCGAAACUCCACCAGCGCUGGGCAUCCACGAGCUACCAGCUCCAGCGCCUGCGCGACAACCCCUCCUGCGCAGACCAAGAGUUUUCCUCCAUCCAAGACGACUCCGAUCCGGGUCUCUCCUACCACCUCACCUACAACCCCAACGACAACAUCCUCCCCCUCAAAGCAUCCCUAACCUCUCCCUUCACAAACAAACCCCGCGUCGCCAUCCUUAGAGAAGAAGGCGUAAACGGCCAAGCCGAAAUGGCCUUUGCAUUCUCCCAGGCCGGGUUCAGCGCCAUCGACGUACACAUGACCGACCUCAUCAGUGGCCGCGUCUCGCUUUCCCAAUUCACGGGUCUCGCUGCCUGCGGCGGCUUCUCCUACGGCGACGUCCUAGGCGCGGGGCAAGGGUGGGCGAAAUCCGUCCUUUUACACCCCGCGACCCGCACGGAGUUCCAGACCUUCUUCGAGAGGAAAGACACCUUCGCCCUAGGCGUGUGUAACGGAUGCCAGUUCCUCAGUAAGCUGAAAGAACUCGUUCCGGGCGCGGAGGCAUGGCCGUCCUUCGAGAGGAAUAUCUCAGAACAGUACGAGGCGCGCGUCGCUAUGGUCGAGGUUGUCGACCCUGCCACUGGAGCGCGACCACCCUCCGUUUUCUUGCACGGCAUGCACGGCUCCAAACUGCCCAUCGUGACGGCCCACGGCGAGGGGCGCGCACACUUCGCACCGGGCAUCAGCCCUGAGACGCUGUACAAUGAGGGCCUGGUCGCGAUGAGAUAUGUGGAUAACUACGGAAAGGUGACAGAGAAGUAUCCGUACAAUCCCAACGGCAGCCCCAAGGGCAUCACGGCGGUGAGGAGUAGGGAUGGGAGGGUGUUGGCGUUGAUGCCGCAUCCCGAAAGGACUAUCUUGAAGGAGGUGGGCAGCUACAUCCCCAGAGACAACGAGUGGGGCGAGGUCGGUCCGUGGGCACGCAUGUUCAAGAGUGCUAGGCGAUGGGUAGGGUAG